AAGCAGAAAACUGUUUCGGAAGUAAUAUUGGAUGGCUCCUAGAACACAACCGAAUUCAGAGCAACGUUGAACAUGGCCAUUCCAUUACCCCCAUUUUCGCAUUAAAGCGAUGGAUUAAUGACGUACUCUGUAUUAAACGGCCGUUUGUACUAAUGCAGGCUAAUGGCGUUGGCAAAGUUCUGUUAGCUUUAGCUUCAUGUGUCAUGGGAGUACAGCGAAUGUUGAGUUGACUCAACUGAAUCGAGGUGGUCUGACAGCCGCAGGGAGAGAACAGCAUCAGCUGUUGCUGUUUAUCCUUCAGGCCGGUUCACGGAAGUAAACGUUGAAGUUGAUGUCCAAGUGAGUCGCUGGAAAGCUGCAUGCACGGAGGCCGGCUUGGUUAAGCAAUGUGGCUCGACUGGGCCAGGAGGGGGGAGCCAUCCGUGCAAUACAACAACCUGAUUGUUCCCCGGAUUAUUCAGCAGUCGUCCAUCGGAAAGCCAACGCAGUACAAGCCUACUAGUCCCUCAACGCUCACCGGUGGAACGAGUUAGCCGCUUUGGAUGCAGAUUGUUUGUUUGUUCCUGUGCCUUGGCCUGGCUGCGGCUUCUUCUGCUGCGCAGCAGACAAACCAGAGGGCUCAACAUGCCGCCAGGAAACGCAGCGGGCGUGCGGCCGCACUGGGCAAUACCUGGUUGGUCCACAACUGCGUGUGGCUGGGUAGCCUCCUGCGCCGAAAGAACGCGGUCGUAAACAAGUUGGCAGAAGCCGCGGCUGCUGUGAAGAGAAACCAAACCCUUUCGGAGACUGAGCGGCACUUUCAGGUGCACACGAUCCAAGUUUUCCAGAAAGAGUUGAACGAGAGCGAGCACAUGGUAUUCCAGGCGGUGCGCAGUCUGCAGAGGGCGCUGCAGGGAGACUACAGAGACGUGGGCAACAUGAAGGAGAGCAGCAAGCAGAGGUUGGAGGCCCUCAGGGAAGCCGCCAUCCAGGAGGAGCAAGAGUAUGUCGAACUGGUGGCUGCGCAGAAGCAUCAGCAGGAGGCCGCAAAGAGCGUCCUUGCUCGGAAUAAGACCCUGUCCAUUGUCGACGAGAUCCUGGAGGAUGUCAGGAAGGCGGCGGACCGACUGGAAGAGGCCAUUGAAGAACACGCCUUCGACAACAAUAAACAGAUCCAAGGUGUGAAUGUCGAAGCGGUGCUGAGAGUGGAGGAAGACGAAGAGAACGGGGGCGUGAGGAAAAACAAAUCAAGUCCGAGGGAAGCGGACGAGUACUUGGGCCUGAGCAUGCUCAUCGACUCUCAAAACAACCAGUAUGUGCUGACCAAGCCCCGAGAUUCCACCAUGCCCAGGGCAGACCAUCAUUUCAUCAAGGAUUUGGUGUCCGUGGUCAUGUUGUCGCUGCCCUGCGGCUGGAUGUGCACUCUGGUGGGUCUCCCUCCCAUGUUUGGAUACAUCAUCUGCGGGGUCCUGCUCGGACCGUCCGGUCUCAACAGCAUCAAGUCUAUGGUCCAAGUGGAGACUUUGGGAGAGCUGGGGGUGUUCUUCACCCUCUUUGUGGUCGGGCUGGAGUUCUCACCCGAGCGCCUUCGGAAGGUCUGGAAGACCUCCGUGCAGGGUUCCUGCUACCUGUGCCUGCUCAUGGUUGUUAGCGGCUUGCUCUGGGGACGAGUUCUGCACAUCCAACCCAUCCAGACCGUCUUCAUAGCCACCUGCCUGUCCCUAUCCAGCACGCCAUUAGUGUCUCGUUUCUUAGCGGGAGGAAGCAGAGGGGAGAAGGAAGGUGACCUGGACUACAGCAGCGUACUGCUCGGCACGCUCGUGAUGCAAGACGUUCAGCUGGGCCUGUUCAUCGCCGUCAUGCCCACGAUGAUCCAGGCGCAAAGCGGGGACGCCGACAGCUUCCUGCUCGAGAGCCUGCGUGUGCUGAAACUGCUGGCGCAGGUCCUGGCGUCUCUGGCUGCGGUGCUGCUCCUGUGCGUGGCGCUCAAAUCCUUUGCGGUCGGCCCCUUUUGCAAGAAACUGCACGCUGAGAGCAAAGGCAACAAGGAGAUCCUGGUGCUGGGGGUCGCGGCCUUUGUUUUUUUCAUGCUAACGGUUACCGAUUUUCUCGACGUUUCGAUGGAGUUGGGCUGCUUCCUAGCCGGAGCCUUGCUCUCCUCCCAAGGUCACAUGGUCACCGCAGAGGUCAAGGGAUGCUUUGAGCCAAUUCAAGAUUUCCUCGCCAUCAUCUUCUUCGCUUCAAUCGGGCUCCACGUCUUCCCGACGUUUGUACUGUACGAGCUCACCGUCCUGGUUGCGCUCACACUCACGCUUGUCAUCUUGAAGUUCAUGAUGGCCGUGCUGGUGAUGUACGUGAUCUUGCCGCCCGGCGCUCGUCACAUCCGCUGGAUCGUCUCAGCCGGGCUGGCGCAGGUCAGCGAGUUCUCCUUCGUCCUCAGCAGUCGGGCGCGUCGUGCCGGCAUCAUCUCCAGAGAGGUGUACCUGCUGGUUCUCAGCGUCAGCACCCUCAGCUUGCUGCUGGCACCAAUCCUGUGGAGGGUGACGACACACGCAUGGGUGUCACGAAGAACGACCGGGGUCACAUGACCGGACCCGGUUUCCGGAAGAGAUGUUGCUGCCGCGAGGUUGGGAAAUACAGCGGCGGCGAUGCGGUUUGCAUUCAUUUGGCAGUCAAAAUGAAAGUCAGCUUUUGUCUUGUCAUCUCAUCUCAUUUUAUGGGUGCUGCACAAAGAGUUUUUUUUUUGUUUUAUUUAAGCUGACCUUUUUUGAAGAUGUUUAUUACUCACUAUCCAAACUACUCUUCCUUCCAUUCAUUUUAUUUUAUCAUUUGUGUCAUUCUGUUAAAUGCAGCUGUAUACACACAUUCGAGUAUCACCAAAAACUAAUUUUGUAAUUUUUGUUUUUCCAAUGAAUGUAAACAACUUGAUGUUCUACUUUGUAGUUGUUGUACCCAUUUGACUCUUCUCCAUACAGUUGCAAAAAACAUGCAUGUGAACGCUUUGGAAUUAUCCUGAUCGCUGCUUAAAGCGGCCAUAAAAUGUGAUCUGAUCUUGAUCAAAGUCAUAAGAACGAACAAUUUGUCCUAAACUCGUAUCACACAAACACUUUGUGUCCAUUUUUUUUUACCGAGCUAGACAACAGGGCAUGGAUGUCAAGUAUGUGACCCAACUGAUUGAGUCUCCUUUGGCAGACGUUUGCUCCAGGCGUGAAUCCGACCUACGUGUGGUUUCAUUUCAAUUCAGCUCUAAUGUGCCUGCGACGUAUUGUGCUGUUUUUUUUUCCGCUUCACACUUAAUCUGUCCGAACUUCAAACGUGUCGCAAUGUUUUGUUUUGUUUUUUAAUUAGACAGACACUGGCUUUGUUCGUGGUGUCCUCUAACACCCAUUUAUGUUUUAUGUGUUACAUACCAUUUGUCAAUUUCAUCCCAGAUUGGCCUCCAAUGCCAGAUUAUUUUAAGCAGGCUAUAUUGUAACUUAUCAAUUACAUUUUAAACCAAUUUAUGUAGCAUUGCAGGUAAUUCCAAAUGGUUGAUGUAAAAUUUCCUUGUAACUGUUAUUGUAUAUGCAGGAAAAAAAUGCCAUUCCUACUUAUCGUGCCUGCUCAACUUGCUGCUCUGCAUACUGCUCAUUAGCUCGUCUAUGGCAUUAUGUAUUCUAUGGAAAUGAAUGUACGGGACGCACUUGUGCAAUGAAAUGUUUUCUGUUUCUAUACUGUACAUAUUACUGUUAACAACCUUCCAAUGGAAAGACAUUUUCUUGGGUUCUGUUUAUUUAUUAAACAGAUGAAAAAACA